CGGAGAUGUACGGGUCGCUGAAGGGGCUGUCCGGGGGGGGUCCUCGUCAGCCCUCGGCCACGGUGAAGACGAGGCGGAGGAAGCGGUGGGGGGGUUUGAGGCAGAAGUGGAAGAUGCUUGGCCUGUUUCCCAUCGACCCCGAGCACGAGUUCCACGGCCUCACCUGCAUGAUGAAGGACGGUCUGGCCGCCGCCAUCCAGAGCACCGUCGACACCCCGCCUACGAAUACUACAAGCGAUGAAGAUUUCAAAAUGAAAGACACUCAAAUCCAUAAGGGUUUUACGCUCCAAACGUACGCGGGCCACGUGUUUGCCAGCUUCCGGAGCGCGCUGGGAAUGUCGGAGAGGGAAUACCAGCUGUCUCUGUGCUCGGCCAGCAGCUACCUCCAGUUCAUCAGUAACUCCAAGAGCAAGGCCGACUUCUUCCUCACGUGGGUCACCACGGAUGAUGUGACACACACACACACACACACACACACACACACACAUACCCACGUGUCUACUCUGCACGCACACACACAGUCAUGCUGAUGAUUUCACAGAGGAAGUAAGGCAAGAAUAGGAGCUGGCCAUUCAAGUCAAAUUCAGUCAAGCAUAGAAGCGAUACCUUGCUUUGGACAGCGACACACACAGACAGACACAUGGCCACGCCGAUGACGUCAUAGAGGAAGUUAGUCAAGAAUAGGACCUGGCCAUCAAUGGUCAAACUAAAAAUGAUAAACGAUUUUUUUUGAAGACCCAAAACAAGAGGGAGAUACGGUUUCUUCUGGACAACCUGAAGAUCUACAUGGAGCACCUGAGAAAAUAUCCCCACUCACUGCUGGUCAAGUUCCUCGGUGUUCACAAGAUCAAAAUUCCACACCAAAAAGAGAAAUACUUUAUCGUCAUGCAAAGUGUUUUCUAUCCAGACGACCGAAUCAUUGCAAGGUACGACAUCAAGGGCUGUGAGGUGAGUCGCUGGACGGACCCGUCUCCUGAGGACCACCAGGUCAUCGCGGUCCUCAAAGACCUCAACUUCCGGGACCAGUACAUCGAACUGGACCAGCAGCGGGCCUGGCUCCUGUGCCAGAUGGAGAUCGACACCCACUUCCUGCGGCAGCUCAACGUGCUGGACUACAGCCUCCUGCUGGCCCACCAGCCGCUGCACCAGGACGAGCGGCCUCGCGGCUCCUUCGGCUCCCUCAUCAUCAGGGCCAAGAGGUCCGUGACGCCGGGCUCCAGCCCCUUGCACCCCGGCCCCGCCCCGGCGGUCCCCGGGGCGGUCCCGGAGGACGCCCCCGCCAACUCCCCGCCCUCCUCCUCCUCCGAGACGGACGGCUACCACGUCAGGAAGUGGGCGGCGGGACGCGGCCGCCCGCGCUCCCGGGCCAGCGACUCUGGGGAGGGGGGCCGGGGCGGCGGGGGGGGGGACUCGACGGAGAUGGACGAGUACCUGGCGCACAACCGCCGGCUGCUGCCCAACUUCAAGAACCCGCUGCACGUGAUCGACGGGCCCGAGCAGCGCUACUUCGUGGGCAUCAUCGACAUCUUCACGGUGUACGGCCUGCGCAAGCGGCUGGAGCACUGGUGGAAGCGGCUGCGCUACCCCGGGCGCAGCUUCUCCACCGUCAGCCCGCCGGCGUACCGCGCCCGCCUGUGUGACUGGGUCAAGGAGCACAGCAGGUAGAAGGGCGUGGAUGUGGACCUCCACCUCGGGAACCCUGAUGAUAACCAAUUAAAGGGGGCAUAUUAUACCCCCAGGUGUGAGUGUGAUAGGCCGUCACAAGCCUUUUUCUGAAAAUCUGCCUUUUCGGACAUCACAUGCGGGCGUGUCCACCUAGAUGUAUGACGCGAUAGAUCCACUUUCCACUACCCAGUCCACUGGGUAGGCUGGUAGACUGAUCUAUCCAGCGCACAGCUAGGUGGACACGCCCAUUUGUGAUGUCAGAAGAGGCGGAAUUUCAAAACGGCUUGGAAUGGCUAAUCACACUCACACCUGGGGGUAUAAUGUCACCUUUAACAGUAUGACGGUGUACACACACUUGAUAGUUGCAGAGCUCAUAUUUGGUCGUCGAUGUAUUGUGCCUUUCUUCUCCCUCGCCUUAGCCAGCUUUUACUGCAAUCUGAUCGCAAAACACGGUGCGAAUGUACAUACAUGGAGAAACAGACGAGAAGGAGUAACCGUUUGAUGCAUGUUAAAGUGCUAGUUGGUAACGGAUAAUGUCAGCUUGUUUACUUGUGAGCUUGUUCCCAAAGUUAGCUCAGACUAAAGAGUUUUGCAGCCGAGGCCUAAAGGGUGUUGGCUUUUUGGUUUCACGUCAAACCUUUUUGCAACUGAAGGUUGAUUUCACCACCUUUUGGUUGUGACUCGAUAGCCAGUCAAAGCAUUGGAUCUUAAAAACAUGUCUGUUCUGAAAACGUUGCUGAUACAUUGUUUACAUGAGUGGACUGCAAACCGGCAUCUCAUAUCAAGGGUUACUCUUAAGUGUUACAUGCAAAGAUGUUUGACUCGUGUAUAUGAAGACUUCAGAAUCUGUAUAGGCCUAUACAUUUUCUAAUCAGGUGUCAAAAUGUUUUGCCUUUUAUUUCCAGACGGAUGCAUCUUUUUACUAGUACAAAAAAAAAGAGCCAGAUUAAAAGGACUAUGCUUACUGAAUGACCUA